AUGAAGCUCGCUACCGCCUUUACUAUUCUCACUGCCGUUCUGGCCGCUCCCCUGGCCGCCCCUGCAGAAGCUUUCCUUUUCCUUUUGGCUGGUUUUGCAGCCAAAAUAUCUGCAUCAAUGACAAACGAAACUAGCGAUAGACCUUUGGUCCACUUCACACCCAACAAGGGCUGGAUGAAUGACCCAAAUGGGUUGUGGUACGAUGAAAAAGAUGCCAAAUGGCAUCUGUACUUUCAAUACAACCCAAAUGACACCGUAUGGGGUACGCCAUUGUUUUGGGGCCAUGCUACUUCCGAUGAUUUGACUAAUUGGGAAGAUCAACCCAUUGCUAUCGCUCCCAAGCGUAACGAUUCAGGUGCUUUCUCUGGCUCCAUGGUGGUUGAUUACAACAACACGAGUGGGUUUUUCAAUGAUACUAUUGAUCCAAGACAAAGAUGCGUUGCGAUUUGGACUUAUAACACUCCUGAAAGUGAAGAGCAAUACAUUAGCUAUUCUCUUGAUGGUGGUUACACUUUUACUGAAUACCAAAAGAACCCUGUUUUAGCUGCCAACUCCACUCAAUUCAGAGAUCCAAAGGUGUUCUGGUAUGAACCUUCUCAAAAAUGGAUUAUGACGGCUGCCAAAUCACAAGACUACAAAAUUGAAAUUUACUCCUCUGAUGACUUGAAGUCCUGGAAGCUAGAAUCUGCAUUUGCCAAUGAAGGUUUCUUAGGCUACCAAUACGAAUGUCCAGGUUUGAUUGAAGUCCCAACUGAGCAAGAUCCUUCCAAAUCUUAUUGGGUCAUGUUUAUUUCUAUCAACCCAGGUGCACCUGCUGGCGGUUCCUUCAACCAAUAUUUUGUUGGAUCCUUCAAUGGUACUCAUUUUGAAGCGUUUGACAAUCAAUCUAGAGUGGUAGAUUUUGGUAAGGACUACUAUGCCUUGCAAACUUUCUUCAACACUGACCCAACCUACGGUUCAGCAUUAGGUAUUGCCUGGGCUUCAAACUGGGAGUACAGUGCCUUUGUCCCAACUAACCCAUGGAGAUCAUCCAUGUCUUUGGUCCGCAAGUUUUCUUUGAACACUGAAUAUCAAGCUAAUCCAGAGACUGAAUUGAUCAAUUUGAAAGCCGAACCAAUAUUGAACAUUAGUAAUGCUGGUCCCUGGUCUCGUUUUGCUACUAACACAACUCUAACUAAGGCCAAUUCUUACAAUGUCGAUUUGAGCAACUCGACUGGUACCCUAGAGUUUGAGUUGGUUUACGCUGUUAACACCACACAAACCAUAUCCAAAUCCGUCUUUGCCGACUUAUCACUUUGGUUCAAGGGUUUAGAAGAUCCUGAAGAAUAUUUGAGAAUGGGUUUUGAAGUCAGUGCUUCUUCCUUCUUUUUGGACCGUGGUAACUCUAAGGUCAAGUUUGUCAAGGAGAACCCAUAUUUCACAAACAGAAUGUCUGUCAACAACCAACCAUUCAAGUCUGAGAACGACCUAAGUUACUAUAAAGUGUACGGCCUACUGGAUCAAAACAUCUUGGAAUUGUACUUCAACGAUGGAGAUGUGGUUUCUACAAAUACCUACUUCAUGACCACCGGUAACGCUCUAGGAUCUGUGAACAUGACCACUGGUGUCGAUAAUUUGUUCUACAUUGACAAGUUCCAAGUAAGGGAAGUAAAAUAG